AUGGUAUCAUCGCUCGUCCUCGUCGCCGAACGGAGGCAUCUGGCCUGGCCUGUUGAUAAAAAGGCGUCGGAAGACGGUGUCUGGGACGACGCAGUGCUGCCAACGCCAUCGCCCACGGAGGCUGCAUGGAAGGGGGCCUCCACAAUGGCGCCCGUGAACACUGGUCAGCUGUCACCUCUGAGCUCGGGUGUCGAGUUGACUGUCGAUGCCUUCUCAGCCGAGACAACGGCGCCGUCGGCUUCCUCCUCCUGCGCCGAUUCCUGGAGCGUCGGGUACGCAGAUCGCGACGAGGGCGAUGAGGAUGCCCCAUGGGAUCUUUGGGAACGAAACUCGGACGAUGCCUUGACGGUGCCAAAGCUGGAAGCCACCGAGGACGAAAUAAACCUUGACGACGUCAAGCUAGCUCCGCUGGUGCCAUCAUCCCCGAACGGCCCCGCUCCGUCGGGAGGCUCCCGUGUCAAGCAGAAGCGGCCCCGUGGUCGGCCCAGAAAACACCCUCUCCUCUCCGCGGACGCUUCCGUCAAGGUGAACAAGGGGCGAUCCAAGACAGGAUGCAUCACCUGCAGGAAGAGGAAGAAGAAAUGCGACGAGGCCAAACCUCGCUGUACGUUUUCGUGGCGGAAACGCGAGCAUGCCAUGGACCCCGUUCCGCUGACACCUACUCGUAGGCAUGAAUUGCGAGAAGAACGCCGUCGUGUGCGAGGGCUACCACGAGAAGCAGAUGUGGAAGAGCGGCAAGGAAAGGGCCGAGGAGGGUACGGAAACACGUCCGCCUGCUGGCCGCCGGCUAACUCGGUGGCAGAGCGGAUUAGGCGAGAGUCCCUGCCAUCUAUCACCAUGCAGCCCAUUUUCCACGGCGUCGAAACGGUCGAGGACAAGAUAUUUUGGAAGCAUUACGUCAACCACUUCAGCAACGUUCUCACCGUCGAGGGUGAAGCGAGGAAUGCAUUCAAGGAUAUCAUACUGCAACUUGCCAAUCACCAUCAGGGCCUCAUGCACUCCAUACUCGCCGUGAGCAGCAAGCACAUGGAGUUCGAUUCUCCCUACGGCGUCAACAUCCUCCUCGAAAACCCUUCGGCAAGUCGAGAGUCCAUCCACCACCGGGCCGAGUACCACCACAGCGAGGCCUUGAAACGGUUCUAUGACGACAUGAACUUCCCCCUGGACAAGGACGACCCUGAGUAUGAAGCGUUUCUGGCUGCACAAUAUGGCCAGAUUCUCUGCUUGCUGCUUCAAACCAGAGCCGAGGGUAACCCUAGGGGCGAGCACAGGUUUCACCUGAAGGGCUAUCAGAAACUCAUCCAGCAGUCGCCUCCGGGUGACACGGUCUUUUAUACGUUUAUCACCGAAUUUUUUCAGUAUCACAUAUACGCCGACGAUCUUCUCUGGCACCCCGAGACGAGGACCGAUCGCUUGACGUCGGAGCACUGGGAACCGUCGGUCCCCAUUGACAAGCCCCGACUGCUCGGGGUUGCCGACGGCUUCCUGCCGUACCUCUCGCAGAUCACGAGCAUCCGCAACACCAUCCGCGCGAACCUGGCCGCUUCGGUCGAUCCUCCCGUUGACUAUAUCACCCUCUUCAAGGCGGUUGAUAUCGACGCGGCCAUCCGCGAAUGGUCUCCGCAAUGGCCGUUGGGUGACAGUCGAGAUCGCGUGGCGCCGCUCUACAAGCAGAUGAUGUGGGUGUAUUUGUUCCGGACCAUUUAUCCACCGUGCUCGCCCCCUUCACGGCGUGCAACGGUCGGGUCACUGCCAGCCGUCUCGUUGAUGACGCCCCCGCCGCAGCGUCGCGCCUCGAUGGCUGCCAGCGUCGGGACUGGGGCAGCCGCCAACAAGCCUGCUCUUGGAGGUCACCUGCCGCGGAGUUGCCCAUCGUCCCGCAACCCAUCCAGGACUUCAUCGAUGCACGAGUUGGACUCGUCCGCCAUCGGCCAAAGUUUUGAAUGCCAUCGUCAACCGUCCCCACCGGCUGUUCGACGCCCUGCUCAUGAAGACGAUCGCGUGACGCUCGCCGUGCAAGAAUCGCUGGCCAUUAUGGAAUCCUUCAAGCCAUCGGAUCCGGCUCUGACGCUACUCCUGAUACCUUGUCUGAUUAUCGGCACGGCAUGCUUCGAGGCUGCGCAGCGCGAUCGUGUCAGAGCCACGGUGAAGGUUGUGCGCGGCUACACAGGACUUCGUAACUGCGACCGCGUAGGCGAAGUUCUGGACAAAGUGUGGUCGCUCAUGGAUCAAGGUGACUGGAUCUCGGUAUGGGACUGGCAGAGCGUGGCAAGAGGGUUGGAGCUUGAUUUUAUUUGCUCAUGA